CGAUUCUUGAACGAAUCAAAGCCCGAUUUUUAUAUAAGCAAAGACGAGUCUCUCUCUUUCUCACACGCACAUUAUAAUAAUAUAUAUAAACCCAUUGAUUCUCCCAUUACGCUUAAUUCCUUCCUCAUUUAUCGCCGGAUUCGAUUUCCGAUCAUCCUCUCCUCGAUUGCCCAAUCUCUCUUCUAUAUCGCUUUCUCUCUGACUCACUCAGUGUGUGGAUUGUGGAGUUACUUGAGUAUAUUGGUAUAAGACUCUCUUGCAUCGCUUGCUGAUUUCAGUUCAAACUAUGAUGCUUUGAACAAAUUUUGAAGCGUGCAAGUUGAAUUAUGUAUCACAACAUGGAAAAGGAAUCCUGUUAUACGGAGAGGAGAUACUUUGAGGAAAACAAACAUGAGCUGUUUUGGUUGUUGUGAAGAAGAUGACAUUGGUAAACAUGCUGAUGGUGGAGGCCAUUAUAUGAUGAAAAAUUCAGUUGGAAAUGAAGGACAUUAUCAUACAACAGAUGCUGCACUGAAAUCUCAAGCUGUUAAUGUCCAGCCUAUUGCAGUUCCGUCAAUUCCCGGGGAUGAAUUGAAAGAAAUUACAGAUAACUUUGGCUCUGAUUCUUUAAUUGGGGAAGGCUCAUAUGGACGGGUAUAUUAUGGAAUCCUUAAGAAUGGAAGGGCUGCUGCAAUAAAGAAGUUGGAUGCAAGCAAGCAACCAGAUGACGAAUUCUUAGCCCAGGUUUCUAUGGUUUCAAGGCUAAAACAUGAAAAUUUUGUUGAGUUACUUGGUUAUUGUGUUGAUGGCAAUCAGCGUGUUCUUGUGUACGAAUUUGCAUCGAAUGGUUCUCUUCACGAUAUUCUUCAUGGAAGGAAAGGUGUUAAAGGAGCACAACCUGGUCCAGUUCUUUCAUGGACACAGCGUGUAAAGAUUGCAGUUGGUGCUGCUAAGGGACUUGAAUAUUUGCAUGAAAAAUCAAAUCCUCACAUCAUCCACCGUGAUGUUAAGUCCAGCAAUGUGUUAAUCUUUGAUAAUGAUGAUGCUAAAAUUGCUGACUUUGAUUUGUCAAAUCAAGCUCCUGAUAUGGCAGCACGUCUUCACUCAACUCGUGUUCUUGGAACGUUUGGUUAUCAUGCUCCUGAAUAUGCAAUGACUGGACAGCUGAAUUCAAAGAGUGAUGUAUACAGCUUUGGUGUUGUCCUUCUAGAGCUUCUUACUGGACGUAAGCCCGUUGAUCAUACAUUACCUCGUGGGCAGCAAAGUCUAGUUACAUGGGCUACGCCAAAGCUGAGCGAAGACAAGGUCAGGCAAUGUGUCGAUGGAAGACUGGGAGGUGAAUACCCUCCUAAGGCUGUUGCUAAGAUGGCUGCUGUUGCUGCGUUGUGUGUACAAUAUGAAGCUGAUUUCCGGCCAAACAUGAGCAUAGUAGUCAAAGCCCUCCAGCCACUUUUAAAUGCUCGGCCAGGACCGGCUGGUGAAACUGGCCAGACAUGAGAGUUGCAGCCAAGCUACUGAUUGUGCUGCUCGGGCAGGAUGAGUUGGUAAAUAGAAGCAUAUGAUAAUCUCUCUCUCUCUAUGUCCAAAUUAAUCAGUAAUUUUAUUAGAUUGAAGUGCAUUAAAACGCUUCAGUCAAUUUUAAUCGAUUGUUCGUAAUGUAUACCAUGAUUGUGUGGAUCAAGAACCAAGAUGUCUGUGGGAAAUGACAGUCAUAUGAUUUCUUUGUGAGGGAAUAUCUGAUGAGUUUAAAAGUAAA